AACAUGGGAGAUCCCCAGAACAGAAGUAAACUGGGCUCCUGCUGCGUGGGUUGUGGGCAUCAGAUCCGGGAUCGCUUCAUCCUGCGGGUCUUCCCUGAUCUGGAGUGGCACGCGCAGUGUCUGAAGUGCGCGGAGUGCCAGCAGUCUCUGGAUGAGUCCUGCACCUGCUUCUUCAGAGACGGCAAGACCUUCUGUAAAGACCACUACAGCAGAUUAUGCACCAGUAAAUGUGCAAAAUGCCACAAAGCCUUCAUCAGCAAGGAGUAUGUCAUGCGAACACGAGCGAAUAUUUAUCACGUCCAGUGUUUUCGAUGCGAGGGCUGCAAUCGUCCGUUAGUCCCUGGAGAUGAGUAUGUUCUGCAGGACGGUCAGCUGCUCUGUACAGACCACCAUGAGCUUUUUAACAAAUUCAUUGGUACCUCAGAUAACCAACAGAAAGCGGCUGUUGAUCCAUCCGAGGGCAUCAAAUCCACACCGUCCUGGUCAUCGAUGCCGAGGAGGUCAGAGAGAUCCACACGUGUGAGGACGGUGCUCAGCGAGUCCCAGCUCCACAUGCUGCAGACCUGUUACAGUGCUAAUCCCAGACCGGACGCCCUCAUGAAGGAGCAGCUGGUGGAAAUGACAGGCCUCAGUCCUCGGGUCAUCCGCGUCUGGUUCCAGAACAAGCGAUGCAAAGAUAAGAAAAGAGGUCUGAUGAUGAGAAACACACAGAAGCAACUUGAAUGCUACUUGGUUUCAGAGGAGCCGCUACUGCUGACCAGUCCAGAGGAGCUGGACAGUGACUUGCUGAUAAACCCACCCUGGAAACUACUGACAGACUUCAUUCUGCAGAAGGACGCUGAACACAGAUCAUACCAGCAAUUGCUUUCUUUAUCAAAGGAAGGUCCCUGUUCCACUGGAAGUGAAGUUGUGUCAAUAUCAGCUCAGCUAGCAGACACACCCAGCAGCCUUACAGCAAGUCCUGCAGACAUCAGUGAGUAAACUCAGCCUCUCCCAGCACUGAAACAGCCCGUGCUUGACGGUUAACUGUGAAAAUGAUGAAGGUCCAUUUAUAUAAACUACCUUUUAAAAAAUUGGGGUCUGUAAGAAUUUUU